AUGGAGCGCGCUGGAAAUACUAUCUCAGACAUGGAGCUGAUGGGGGAGAAGGCGGAAAUGACGCAUGAAGAGACGGUUCACCUCGCUGAGCUGAGUACAGAGGAGAAGGUGAUUGAGAAAAAGCUUCGCCGUCGCAUAGACUUUUUGAUUAUGCCACUCGUUAUUCUAGUUUAUUUGAUGAACUACAUUGAUUGUACUAAUCACCUCACCAUUCCUAGAAAUAAUUAUGCCGCUGCAAAGCUCCAAGGGCUUGAGACCGAUCUUAAUUUAAACGGCCAACAAUACCAGACCGGUCUUUCUAUUUUAUUCGUUGCCUACAUCCUCAUGCAAGUCCCGUCGAAUCUGCUUCUGAAUUACAUGGGCCGACCAUCAAUUUACCUCGGAUUCUUUGUGGUCGCAUGGGGGCUUGUCUCAGCCUGCACCAGCCAGGUCAAAGGCUAUGGCAGUAUUGUUGCUUGUCGAUUCAUUUUGGGACUUGUUGAGGCACCUUUCUUUGCCGGAGUUCUAUUUUAUCUCUCGAAAUGGUAUACCCGAGGCGAACUAGCCUUUCGAAUGAGUCUCUUCUACUCAGGCUCCUUGAUAAGCGGCGCAUUUGGUAACUUGAUCGCUGCUGGAAUUUUAAGUGGUCUUGCUGGUGCACGAGGAAUGGCAGCAUGGCAAUGGCUCUAUAUAAUUGAAGGUGCAAUAACUGUCUUCAUAGGCAUUAUCAUAUGCUUCAUCCUACCAGACUUCCCCGAUACGUGGCGAAUACUUUCGCCUGAAAUGCGGGCUGUUGCUGUCCGAAGACUUGCAAUCGAGGCAGCCGAGGCAGAUGUUGAUGACCAGACCAAUGCUGGUUUGAGCCAACUGAAGGGAUUAAAAUUGGCCUUGACCGAUACUAAGACCUACGUCUUCGCCUUUGCAUACAUGUGCAUCGCCGGAGGUGGUGGUUUUCAAUAUUUCUUCCCAACACUAGCAGAAACCCUAGGGUACAACAACACCAUCUCCCUAUUGUUGGUCGCGCCACCAUAUGUCUUUAUGGUCUUUUAUAGUCUCUUUCACAGUUGGCUAUCAGAUAGACUUGGUAUACGUUUUUGGUUCUUCUUCUAUCCCAUCCCAAUUACAAUCAUCGGAUUCAUUAUAUUCAUGACAACGGACUCCUUUGGUCCUCGAUAUUUCUCUCUGUUCUUGAUGAACUUCAUAUUCGCUCAGAAUAGCUCUAUCUUUUCUUGGUUGGCAACCUCUAUGCCUCGACCGCCAGCAAAAAGAGCCGCCGCGUACGCGUUCUUUAAUUCCAUUGGAAAUUCAGCGACUAUUUGGACACCGUACACAUACUAUGACUCUCAAGGGCGCCAUUAUCCAGUUGCACUUGGAAUUUGCAUUGCAUUGCAAGUUCUCGCAGGGCUGUCUGCUAUUUUUAUGUAUUUCCAUCUUCGUGCGCUUAACAAGCGCCAAGAGCGACUUGAGAAUGAGACUGGAGAGGUGCAGCUCACUGAAAAAGAAUUAAGGAGGCUUCAAAUUACGGCUGAGUAUGAAGGAAUUGAUAUUGCUGCAGCUCGGCGACUGCAGAAAGGCUUCCGAUAUAUGCUUUGA